GCGCUUCCUGCUUCGUCCCGCGGAAGGAAAUCCACCAAGACGUGAACGCGUCUGUUCCCCCACAAAACCUGCCGGAUCCGGGUCCAAACCACUCGACCCGUGUCAGAAUCUGGUUUAGGACCGAUUUGGGUCCGGAUUCCCGCUGGAGUCCCGGCGGAAAACAUCUGUGCGCGACCAUGAACGGAGGAUCUCUCCGGACAUAAACAAACGCUCUGACCGGGGGUCCUGAUGGGGCCCCAGCGGGAGGAGGGCGACCGGGACCGACGGGAGCGCUGGGCGGAGCUGUUCGACCAGCUCGACCUCAACAAAGAUGGCCGCAUCGACCUCCGGGAGCUGCGGGCGGGGCUGAAGGGGCGGGGCCUGUCCAGAGGCUCCCUGGAGAGGAUGGUGAAGGUCGGAGACACCAACCAGGAUGGCGUUCUGGACUUCGAGGAGUUCAUCCAGUACCUGAGUAACCACGAGAAGCAGCUCAGACUCAUGUUUCACCGCCUGGACCGGAACAAUGACGGUCAGAUCGACGCGGCAGAGAUCCGGGACUGUCUCCGCUCCAUCGGUGUGAAUAUAAGCAAGGAGGACGCCACCAGGAUUUUAAAGAGUAUGGACAAAGAUGGCACCAUGACCAUAGACUGGAACGAGUGGCGAGACCACUUCCUGUUCAACCCUCUCACCAACAUGGAGGAUGUGGCCCGCUUCUGGAAGCGCUCAAUGAUGUUGGACACAGGCGAGCAGCUGUCAGUCCCGGAUGACUUUUCGGAGGAGGAGAAGAGGUCCGGUUAUGUGUGGCGGCAGCUGCUGGCCGGAGCCGUGGCCGGUUCCGUGUCCCGCACCGGGACGGCUCCCCUGGACCGGCUCAAGGUCUUCAGACAGGUUCACGGCUCCUCGGAUUUCAAAGGCAACGCACUGAGGGCCUUUCAGUCCAUGUUUAAAGAGGGAGGCCUGUGGUCGCUGUGGAGGGGGAACGGCGUCAACGUCUUAAAAAUCGCACCCGAAAUGGCGAUCAAGUUCACAGCGUACGAACAGAUCAAGAGUAUGAUGCGUGGGGGGAACGAAGCUACGACCCUGAGGGUCCAUGAGAGGUUUGUCGCUGGCUCUCUGGCUGGAGCCACGGCUCAGACUGCCAUCUAUCCCCUGGAGGUGUUGAAGACCCGUCUGACUUUGAGAAAAACCGGCCAAUUCUCGGGAAUAGCCGACUGUGCCAAACAGAUCCUGCGGCGGGAAGGCCUGGCGGCCUUUUAUAAAGGCUACGUCCCCAACCUGCUGAGCAUCGUCCCGUACGCCGGCAUCGACCUGGCCGUCUACGAGACCCUGAAGCUGGCGUGGCUGAACAGGAACCGAGGCCUGGCCGACCCGGGGGUGACGGUUCUGGUCGGAUGUGGAGCGGUUUCCAGCACCUGUGGGCAGCUGGCCAGUUACCCACUGGCUCUGAUCCGCACACGGAUGCAAGCGCAAGAUUCAGUGAGGGGGGACCCUAAACUCUCCAUGCUCUCGUUGCUUCGCAACAUUGUGAUCCAGGAGGGCGUCGCCGGGCUUUACAGGGGAAUCUCCCCCAACCUGCUGAAGAUCGUCCCCGCCGUCAGCGUGUCCUACGUGGUCUACGAGUACACCAGGAUAAUGAUGGGAGUGGACAUCGAGGGUGGAAUAUAGAGAAGACGGGGAGCUGAGGGUGAGAGGAACCCGAAGGUGCUGCACAGUGGAGAAGUUACAAACUCAGGAUUUAUAUAGACAUGUCUUAAAGAAAAUACUACUACGAAUCUACUCUAAUAACUACUGGCUGUUGCUGAAAUGAUCACUUGGAGCAAAUGGAGGAGGGUGGAACCACACUGAGCUGCCUCCCCUCUGUGUGAUACUCAUGAAUAAAGCACAUGCAAAGACGUAAGUUUUAAGGUCGAGAAGCUGUCAAAGCCUGAUCGAGAAGAGCAAAGUGUUCAAAUAACAUUUGAUGUGCUCAUGCGUGUCAUCAGUGUUCCUGAAGUGGAGCCUGGCCGGUAGAUAUGCCAUUUAUAGCAGCAAAUUGAAAUAUUUAUGACGUUAAUUAAACUUUUAUGACAGAGAGAUCAAAAGAUGGUGUGUGAAACAGUAAAUUAGUGGAUUGGGAUGAAAUUUAAGUCAGUGAUUGUUGUGGAGAGCCAAAGAAAAACAACAACUUAAACCAAUAAAUUAAUGCAGAAAUGCCCAAUACUCAGAAACAUGCGUUGUUUCCCCUUGAAAAAUAGUAUUUUUAUAAAUGUUGUAGAGCUCUAAGACCAUCCCAUGAUGAUGGAAUGACGUCUACUUUUAACUUAUAGUGAAUAUUUUCAUCAUGUGCAAAGUAUUAUUAUUAUUACAUGCAUGCUCCAGGCUUUUAUUUUUAAAGAAGAGGAUUUAUAUGUUUUGUUGUAAAUUAAAAUAUACUGGUCAAAUACAAACACUAAUUAAACUAUUUUUCUGUUUAAAUUUAUUCAUUAUUAACGUCCCUGGCUCUGUUUCAGAAAGAUCAAAGAGCUGAAAUGACUAAGAAAAGUGCAUAAACUGGAUUAUCUAUUUAUUUAGGAUUUUCUAUGUGUAUGUUUAUCUGUAGUUUCAUUUGCUACUGGUUAUUACUGGUUACCACCCACAUCUUUAACUGAAAUAAUCACGAUAAAAAAAAGAAUACAAAAAUAAAAACAGCAGAUUGAAACUCUCAGUUGGAUGCACCUGAAAAAGCUACCAGGCAGAAUCCUAAUCAAAAGCCAGAACCAGGUCAGCUGGACCUAGUUGAGUGCAACAUUAGAGGGGUUCAUUAAUCUGAUCUACUGUGUGCAUAGUAACUCAGAGGAUCUGGUUUCAUUUUGAGGUACUUUAUGCCAAAAAACAUUUUUAUCGUGAGAUAUUCUUAAUAUUUUUUUGUAUAAAUGCUGAUCGCUCUGUGUGCAUGCUGCUGUCUUUGCCAGGGAUCUUUUGGAGAACAGAUGUUUAAAUCUCAAUGAGACUUUUUGUGGUUACAAAAAGAUUUAAUAAAAUUGUUUCAAG